UCUUCGUGCAAGACUCCGGGCUCAGGGCAUCAUAGUCGCUGCGGUGCCGCAGCCACGCGCACGCGUCAACUACACGCAGUUUUAACCUGAUUGGUGGCUGCAUUAGUCAGGGUAAAGAACGCGUGAAUUUAAAAAAAUAAAAUUAAAAACCUAACUGGCCGCACGGAUUUUCAAUCGAAGUCAACGGGCGCCAUUUUGGAAGUUUUUCCCGCGUGAAUUUUGACAGCUUUGAAUUGUGUUCGGAAAUUAACUGGUUCUAUUGUGUGAUUGAUUGAUCGAUUUUUGUUCAGUGCACUAUUUUUAUUGGAUUUGAUCCACCAUGUUUCAAAGCGGCGUGUGGCAGCGGCUGUCGGGCUACUACAACUGGUACGUCCUGGGGCUGGUCUCCGUGGGGUACAUCCUGGGAGAGCUCGGACACUACCUGAUUGGCACAACAUCAAAGGUGACAGCUGACGACCUACACUACGGUGACAAAGCGUGCAUGCUGAACGCCACACACCUCACGCUGGCGGAGUUGCCUACAGUCUGCGAGAAAGUCAACUCUAGCGAUGUCUGCACGAGCCUCAUCUACCAGAACGCCACGUACUGUGAGUGGGGCUACAACGGGCUCGGGCUGGAGUACCAGGUGCUGGCGGGGCCGGCCUUCAUGGCCGUCUUCACCGUCGUGGGUGUCGUGCUGGGCGUCGUCGCUGACAAAUACAACCGCGCCCGAGUCCUCUCCUUCUGCACCCUGGUCUUCGUGAUCGCCAUCAUCCUCAUGGGCACCGUCACUGAGUACUGGCACCUGGUCGUCCUCCGUAUGAUCAUGGCUGCGGGAGAGUCGGGCUGCAACCCCCUAGCUACGGGAAUCCUCACCGACUUGUUCCCCGAACAUCAGCGGGCGCUCGUGCUGUCGAUUUUCAACUGGGGGAUCUACGGAGGGUACGGGAUUGCGUUCCCGGUGGGACGGUAUAUACCGGAGCUUAAUGCUUUUGGAUUGAGCUGGCGCCUGUGCUACUACGGCGUGGGCGUGGUGGGGCUGGUGGUGGCCUUCUUCACCUUCCUCACGCUGCGGGAGCCGCCAAGGACCACUAUCGGGGAAGAAGGAGCGGGUAACGCGAAGGGCGGCGACGCCUCGCUGGAGGCGGGCACCAAGCAGCCGCAGGUCACCAUCUGGCACGUCAUCGCGCAGCCCAGGAUCCUGCUGCUGUGCUUCGCCGCUUCCAUCAGACAUUGCGGCGGCAUGACGUUCGCGUACAACGCGGAUCUGUACUACCGAGACUACUUCCCCGACGUGGACCUCGGCUGGUGGCUGUUCGCCGUCACCGUGGGCAUCGGCUCCAUAGGGGUGGUGGCCGGAGGAGUAAUUUCGGACAAGUUCGUGGCUCGCAUGGGCAUCCGCUCCCGCGUGUUGGUGCUGGCUCUCUCUCAGCUGAUCGCGACGCUGCCUGCCUUCGGCUCAGUCAUCUUCGGGCCGCUGUGGGCCAUGAUCACCCUGGCCAUCUCUUACUUCUUCGCGGAGAUGUGGUUCGGCAUAGUCUUCGCGAUCCUGGUCGAGAUCGUGCCUCUCUCCGUGCGUUCCACCACUGUGGGGGUGUUCCUGUUCGUGAUGAACAACGUCGGCGGCAACCUGCCCAUCCUCGUCGACCCCGUGUCUAAAGCUAUCGGGUAUAGAGAGGCCAUCAUGAUCUUCUACGCCGGGUUUUAUGGGCUUAGCAGCAUCCUGUUCUUCCUAACAAUGUUCCUGAUGGACGGACCAGUCGAGAAGCCAGAAGCCGAGGAGCUGCCGCCAGCGAACAAAAUGAACGGACUCGACAACCGAGCCUUCACUCACGACGAGGCGAGAAACGCGAGGGCUGCGUCGUACGAUGCCAACAGUAGACUAUAAGACCUAGGAGCUAACGACAGAUAAUUUUGAUGUUUUUGUUUUCUACUUGGAUUUGAAUCUAAGCCCUGGAUUCGUAGAGCUUUUUGACCCUUUAAAAUAGGUUUAAAAUUGACGAUGUGAUAUACCUGGAUAUACCUACGAAUUUACGGACGUAGAGUCGAAACUCAUGUGUUUCAAAAUCAAUUUUAACGUUGUUGUAGGUUUACAAUAACUACGGUCUGUGAAUUUCAGGGUAUGAAUGGAGAUGGAAUCUAAGAACUUGAUCGCAUAACAAUUAAUAAAAUUGACAGAGAUGGGAAUGAUGGAUUAACAUAAAAUAAUCAAAUUAGAAUACGAUUAAUGGAUAAGAAUCUCAGUGUUGUGAGACAGCAAAAAAACAAUUUUAAUUAAACUGAUCUAUAACAAGUUAUGGUGAUGACGACAAUACCGCCUACAAUAGAUUUUUUGUAAUUUAAAUUGGUUGUUCAAGCUUUAGUAAUAGACUUUAAGAAAUAAAGAAGAAGACGUAAUAUGAUUUCAAAUUACUCAUUACUUGAAUUCAAUCGUUAUUCUAAAACAGGAACCGUAUACCAUAACGAUUAACAGAUUUUUAUUAUUUUAUUCUUACUUAAUACAGGCUAUUGCAGAGUUGUAUAUAGAAAACCGAAAGAGGGCGACUCAGGGAGUUAUCCCAGGCAACUUUUACUCUAAGACUUUGGAAAAUUCACCAAAUUUUUAAACAAAAAGUUGCUCAAUAUGAUCUUCUGAGUCACCCCUUUUCGGCUUACUAUAUAUAUACCUUUAUGCAACACCCAGUACAUAACGAAAUAUCAUAUUAUUUUUGACCCUAGUACUAAGUACCUAUAUGUGGAUGACAUUGUGAUCUUUAAAAUUGUUCAAAAUAUAGCAUAAGAUGGCAUUUAGUAAUUAUGUAACUCAACCAUUUAAUGCUCAUUUCCCUUCUUUCAAAAUUCAAUCAGCUCUCUUACAAAACUAGCCCAAUAAUCUCAAAUCAUGAAUUUGUAACAUUUUUAGUUUGUUUUGUUGAAUCAGUUACAAAGUGUGAUACAAACUCUUUUGUAGAUAUUUAUUUUUAAGUUAAUGAGAUGUAAAUACACUUUUCAAGGUU